AUGUGUAACUCUUAUCUGUGCGGGGGGGGUGCUCGCGCUGUCGCACCCUCUCCUCCGCGUUGUUUGUUGUUGAUGGGGAGAGAGGAUUACACACCAAGACUAGGGAGUUCUUCGCAGCCCCUGCUUGCUGAAGUGAAAAUUUACGUGGAUGCUUGCGUGUUGUCGGAAGACCGUGCUGGUGCUGGGGUGUACUGGGGACCUGAGAGCUCACGUAACUUAGCGAAACGAUUGAAAGGGAGUCACACGAGUCUAACUGCCGAAAUCGCAGCCGCAGUGAUCGCGAUCGAACAAGCAGCGAAUUUUGGUAUCCUAAGAGUCACAAUCGUCACGGAUUCCGACGCAGUCAUCGGGCACGCAACUGGCAAGCGGGAUGUGUCGGCCUCCGACACGAAGAUAUUCCGCUACUGGGUUGGUAGACUGCACGACUGCUUGAAGCAGAAGCAGGUGAAGUGGGAGCUGGUGAAGGCGCAUUCGGGAAACCCUGGAAACGACGCAGCGCAUGCUCUUGCAAGAGAGGGUGCUCAGAAACCCCAUGAUGAAUGA